AUGGUAUCUCCAAUUUCAACAGCAGAAAGUUCCUCGGUGCGGUAUGGUGCGAGUGGCGGGGAUGGAAGGAAUUGGAUGAUCAUCAUUGAGCGGAGCGCUGUUCGCAUGGAGAGUGGGACUCUGCUCAACGAGAUGAUCAUCAUCAUCAGCCCUCGCCCCUCGCCCCUCCCCCCUGCCUGGGCGCGUUGCGGGGUUGGGGGGGCACCGAGGAACACAACCAGGAUCAACAUGCGCAAACCCUCACUCAAUCAAACACAACAAAGAAUCAACAAUCUGUGCCAGCACAGUAACAUUGGUCCCGAUCGGCUUUGUUAUUUCGCUCCCCCUCGCCCGUUGCGGGAUCCCACCAUCGAGCUGAAACCGGGGUCGAGCGGACGAGAAAUUUGUGUCACUUUGUCGGCGGUGGCAGUGGUAGUGGUGGCUUCAGCGGAUGAAGCCGACCAUGGAUGCGCAGCGACUGCAAUAGUAGGAAUUCAUGCCGAAACGAACCACGCCGGGAGAGGAUUCGUUUUCGAGACUCAUAGAUCGUUGACAGCGAGAGCAGCGCACAAUGUCGAAAUUCAUGGAGCCGGGGGUCGAGCCUGUCGGGGAAGUGACCCCCUUUGUGGCGCCGGAAGGUUGCGGUUGAACUUGCACCGAGGAAGAGCUCAUCUUCUCCUUUCCGCUCCGGUUGAGGGUUCGAAAGAAAAAAAGAUGAGCUUUGUAGUGGCCAGUGAAGUUGAGCGCAAUUUCGAUAUCCAAAGUUCUGCAAUAUGGGGGACCAUUGUCUUGGGAAAACACGGGAAUACAACGGCGAUAGCGUUGUAUGGUUCUGACAGUGCCCGGGCAGAAGAGUUAAAAAGGAGUGACCGGAGAAUCGAGCUGGGUUGGGAAGUAGUGACUGAAAGGUAUCUAUACUACCAGAGCCCAGCGCCAAGCGAAGUGCUCAGGGCACAGGGGAAAGGAGGAGGCGGCCCGAUAGUUCUUGGGAGAAAGCUGCUGCUGCUGCUGCACGGAAUGUGGAUGCCAGUUUCAGAGUUGAAUCUGGAGGAUGUCAACCAUGAGAGAUGGAGGAGGGAAGGCGAGGAUCAGUCCUUCAUCUUGGCCGUAAUUUCAGUUCCGGGUCGUCUGGAGGUACCAGGGCAUGCUGGAAGUUACCAGACGGCCAGCGAGGCUUGGUUUGGCUGCGUCAACCACCCCUCGUCCGCCCAUCGUCGCUUUUCUCCCUCUCGUUGGUGCUUCGCUCCCAAAGCCGAGGGUCGUGUCGUCAUGACUGAUCCUGGUGGAUGGAGUCGUCCGGGGCGAUCGCCUGGACGGUUGGGUACCGGUUUCGAUCUGCCAUUCUCCUCUUCCCUCAGGAACACUCGUGGCCUUGCUGUACUUGUGGUUCAGCAAAUGAGAGCCCGAACGGCCGGUAAUCGGCGUAUCGGUUCGUCCUCGCUGGUCACCUCCACCACCUCCACCGUUCCGUUCCCACUGUCUUUCAUGCCUUAG